CAUGUUCUGAAGCGUUGUUGUUGCAGUUUGCAGAUGAAGAUUGAAUAGAAGAUGAUAUUAUGAAGAUGCGUCAAUUUGAUGAAGUAGCGUGAAGGUAAUUCUUGAGGUCUGAAGGUUCGAUGAAGAUGAAGAAUCCAAGGAGAAGGAUGAUUGAAGAUUUGGUGAAGGAUUCAAGAAUUCUGAAGAUCGAGUUUUGUUGUUGUGAAGAUUCUCGGUUCAGAGGCAGAGAGAGUUGAAGAAUUCUGAUAUUGAAGAUGAUGAAUGAAGCGUCAAUGGAGGGAAUGAUUCAGAGAGAGAUUCGAUGAAGAUCAAGGAUCUCAGAAUUCGGUUGGAGAUAUGAAGAUGGUUCCAUGCUUUGGUGGGAUGUACGGAAUCCUGGAGUUCCAAUAAGCUCUGUGAAAUUCCAUUCUGAGCCAGGUAUGGACAUCAGCAUCCUUAGAUAACUCAAAAGUUUCAAAAUAAGUAUUUAGUCAAUAACUGAUUAUUUUGUAGUUGAGCAUCUGCAUUGACGGGUCUUGCAAAGGGGGUAUCUCAGGAGCUGCAGAUGAGAGAAUUGUGAUGUAUAGCUUGGAUCAUUCUUCGGGUACAUGUGUAGUCAAUAAAGAAAUCAAAUUGGAGCUACCUGGCAUCUCAGGCACCUCAAUUCGGCAUAACAAAAUUGCUGCAACAGCUGGCUGGGACCACAGAGUAAGAAUAUAUAAUUACCACAAAGGAAAUGCUUUAGCUGUACUGAAGUAUCAUCAUGCCACCCUCCUAUACCAUCAUCAAAUGAAAGUAAAUAUGGAGGCUAUUACAUAAAGAAAUCUAAAAGAUAAUGUGUCUAAUGAAGAUUCUUCUACAUCUUACACAAAUGAUUGUUCAUACCAAUCUCCGAAACAUGCAAAAACAAAGAUCAUGCAAAGGUUUCCAAGUGCCGGUUACAUCACAAAAUCGGAGCAUAAAGAUGGAAAUAAUUGAUUUUGCCUAUUCUUGUCGAACUACUUCAAGGAGUGGAAAUAAUAUAUUUUCCCCUGUGUAAUUGUAUAUUCAAUGAAACCAACUCAUAUAACUUUAUAUUUAUGAUGCCAUUUCCAAUUUCCAUACUUGUUAAUUGUAUUUGAAACUUUACUUUUAUGAUGCCAUUUCCGUACUUGUUAAUUGUAUUUGAAUUGUAUUUGGUUGUUAUAUAUUUUCUUAAUGAAUAUGUUGAAUUGUUUAUAUGAUUAAAUUCUUUUUGAUGAUCUUCGAGGAAAUAUGGGUUGGAUUGAAAGGCAAUGCCUACUUUACUCGUUACCGUUAUCACAUUUUUAUCAUGGCUGAGCAAUUUUUAAUAUUAAAAAAUAGGGUCUUUAA